CCCACUCGCUCAUCCACCCGAAUACAAUUGCGUACAGAGAUAAGCUCCGAUCUCAGUCACCCCCACGUUCACUGAUCGCUCUUAAACCCUCGUCCAUUCUCGCCGCCGCCGUCACCGCCGCCGGAGAUCGCGAUUCGUAGUUACCUCUAUUGAUCCCGCCACCAAUCACAUCCUUUCGAGUGCGAGUCCAGAAUCUCCUUUUUUGGUCUUGUGGUCUCCGUGCAUAUUUGAUAACAUAUGGCUAAAACAAGUUAGAUAUAGAUCGGGUCUAAGUUUCAAGCUGAGCUAGUUGAUUGGAUUCAUACUUGAACUUGAGUUAGACAGGACCGGAAGCAACAAUGGUGAUCCCACCACCAGUGAGACCAGCGAGAAUCACCAAUUACCUGAAACCCUACGUACUGAGAAUGCAUUUCUCAAACAAAUACGUCAGUGCACAGGUUGUCCACACCCCAACAGCGACAGUGGCAUCUUCUGCAAGCUCGCAGGAGAAGCUGCUGAGGCCGAGCAUGGAGUCUACUCGUGAUGUUGCAGCCGCCGCUGCAAAGAUUGGGAAGAUCUUAGGGGAGAGGCUGCUGAUGGCGGGGAUUCCUGCUAUAUCGGUGUUCUUGAAGAGGGAGCAGAAGUAUCAUGGGAAAGUUAAGGCGAUUGUUGAUUCCGUGAGGGAUGCUGGUGUUAAGCUUCUCUGAAUUGUUCUCAUCUCAUUUUGAUAUUGGAAUCUGUGCAUGCCUCUACAUUAUCCAUGUAUCAGUUCUUUGGAGUUGAAUCAAGACUCAAUAACUUUAGAUGUUAUUGAACAUUGAUACAAUCAAGCAGACUUUUUCUUUUGAGUUCAA